UGAACGAAAGAUGGAACAAGAUGAUUCCUGGUUCUUUGAAACAGUAGCCAACCCGUGCCCAGGGAAGAAAGUUCUAGCAAUGAGGGUUGGGCAUGAGCCUAUUGUGAGAAAGGUUGCAGAGAUUAAACCUCAAGGAGAAGACAGGGUUGCAGUAACUGCAUAUGUUGGCAUGAUGGCAGGGAUCUUUUUGCUGCCAAUUUCAACAUUUCUGCCAACAAGCUUCAUCUUUAUGGCAUUGAGCCACACCCCUGCGAAAUGUGACCAUGGUUCACCAUGUUCAUCCAUGGUCAACCAUGGUCAAUCAUUGGUUCUACAUAGUCAAACCAGGUUCUAUUAG